AGAGAGAGACAGAGAGAGACAGAGCGCAGUAACCUAGCUCACCGGAGGACCGCUUUAUAUACCGGAGCUAAAUUUACCAUCAUCCUGAACGCAUUUCCUCGCUGGCGCACAAUUGGUCCAGCUUCUCGGCUACCAUAUUUAUAAGUUUGGACGACCUUCUACUGCUUGCUGGCGUCUUUGAAGCGCACCUUUCGAACAGUUCGAUAGAAAGCACUUAUUCUGGUGCAAGGUGAGCUCAAAAGGGCACUCAUUCACUGAAUCAACUUUGACAAGAAAUAAAUAAGCAUUUACUGUAUCUUUAAAAUGGCUUUAUCCGAUGUGAUUUUGCCACCCAUCUCGACAUUCGCAAACCAAACCAAAAGUUUAGAAGACGUAAGUACAGACCUCAAACUUGUAUGAUCAGUUUUGUGUUUCGGUAUAGCCGUCUGUUGCAGAUUCACCUCUGUGUGUAUUGUGUCAUAUAUCUAAUGCCUUUUUCCUAUUGGUUAUUGCAGAGGUGGAAAAGUGACAUGGACAAACCGAUGUCUUCCAGCUGCUCAAUGCUUGAUAUGGUACAGAACAUGGACUGUCGGAGCAUCGAAAGGAAGGACGACGAAGAUCUGAGCAACUACUUAGAUCUGGAUUUCAUUCUGGCCAACACCACUGGAUCAGACAGCAUGGCUACCGCUGCACUGGGAGCAGGUGUAGCCUUGUAUAACAUGCCCUCAGCGGAUCAUCCAGGCAACCUGUUCACCACCGGGAGCCCGAUGCCAUCCUACCCGUCCAGCGAGCAUAACACCCCGCCUCCCCCCUACAGCACCAGCCUGAUGGCGGAGCUUCUCAGGUCGGAGGGAGAGAACAACUACGGGGUCGGUUUUACGCGUAAUACCUCCAGCAUCCAAGGAAGGUUUUAUGUAAACUCUGCACUGUUUCCCAUCAGACAGGACAUUAUUGAUAACAUCAAAGUGGAGCCGUCCAUGGACGGUUAUGGACCCGUUAUGGGCAUGGUCCCCCAGAGCUGUCCUAAAAUAAAGCAAGAGGGCAACGUGUCGUGCAUGAUGUCCUUUGAGCAGCCGAGAGUAGCCGUCUCUCCGCGGGCAGCCAGCAACAUGACGCCGCCGCACAGCCCCAACGACCAGGGGAGCUCCGAGUGCCACCAGCAGGCACCGAUGUGUCACUCCAUGAGCUUCCCACAGAACUACCACUCCUCGGCUGCGUACACACACCACCACCCCGGGGCGCCUCCAGCCGCCCAGAUGCAGCUUGGACCAUACCAAGGCGCUCACCAGUUCGGCAUGUACGAGGAGGGACUGCAGCCGAACACACAGAGGGUUCUGCUGACGCCCCCGUCCUCUCCGCUGGAACUGCUGGAGCCCAAGCCCAAGAGAGGUCGCCGCACCUGGCCGCGGAAGCGCACGGCUAUGCACACCUGCACAUUCGCUGGGUGCGGAAAGACUUACACCAAGAGUUCACAUCUGAAGGCGCAUCACAGAACGCACACGGGUAAGGAAUAUAUAUGUUAUUGUUGUUUUUGAUGAAUUACGCAAUAUUAUGUCUAACCUUAUGCAUAUAUGCUAUUACACAGCCAUAUUAUUGGUGAAUACAGAUAGUUGCUUGACUGUUGAUGUUAUCCCAAUGAGAGCUAAUGCUGACGUUUCUCUUUUCUUUGUCUCUGCAGGUGAAAAGCCAUACCAUUGCAGUUGGGAAGGUUGCGGCUGGAAAUUCGCUCGCUCCGACGAACUGACCCGGCAUUUCCGCAAACACACCGGCCACCGGCCCUUCCAGUGCCACCUGUGCGAGCGCGCCUUCUCCCGCUCCGACCACCUCGCGCUUCACAUGAAGAGACACAUGUGA